AUGGAGAACUGUACGGCAAGGAAGCUUGAUUGCGUCUAUCCCGUGCAAUUCAAAUUGCAAUCACAGCAGCUAGCCGCACGCCGGUUGAUACCAGAUCAUAGCAAAAAGAACCGUUCUGCUGCUGUCUUUCGGCUUACAACGUCUCCGUCGGCUUCGUCUCCGUCGCCAUCGCCGUUGUUUUCAACUUUCAUUAGGCCCAUUGGCGUUCUUCAGCUCCUUCCCACAUCCUCCACGAUCGAGGAUAUGCGUUUCUUCCACCAUUACAUGAUUGCGGCACAUCUGUAUCUGCCGUUUGGCUGUGAUGGGGUUUGGGUAAAUGAUAUACCUCAGCUUGCUCACCAGUACGAGUACCUAAUGCACGCCAUCCUUUCCCUUGGCGCCUUACACCUCUCUCUCAUGAACACAGUAAACACUGGUCUUGAAACCUCCCCUAGCUAUACGGCCAUGCAACUACAUUCCACCACCAAUACUUUACCAACAGCUACCAGCACCCAAACCCACGAACUCAACGCCAUGCUAGCUACCUGCUAUGCCCUAGCUGUCCAAUCCAGCCACAUAAUGGACGGCUUCACCGAUUUCCUCAUCCUAGUGCGCGGCUGCGGACGUCUCGACAACCAUAUCUCGGUGCACUACAACGCGGAACUCAGGACAUUACCUUUGAACGUGAAAGGUCCAGAUAUGUACGUUCUAUACCCUCAUCUUGUCAACGGCAACGAUAAUGGCGAUGAUGAAGCUAGUCUCGUAGCCAUGGACAUGCCCACCAUCCAGUGCAUGACAGUUGCGGUGAGAGCGCUCUCACCACUCCUCCAGCACGAUUGGGACUGGAAGUAUCAUGAACUUAUCCUUACGGCUCUGGAGGCAUUGCGGAGACGUGCGUGGGUUGAUGCAUUUAUACACUUCCAGGAUACAUAUGUAGUGUGGUGCUCGAUGGACGAAGCGAACUUCCCGGAGCAUAUUAUUUCGAUAUUGGCGCCAGUGCGCAAAAGUAAAGCUUUUCUGAUACUGUUUGUGCAUUUUACGGCGAUACAGACGGUUAUGUUGCCGAUUAUCUUACGCGCAAUUCCGCUGCAAGCUAGAUUUCCGCAACUGAUGUUACUGCAGGUGCGCUGGUUGAAUGAGAUUAGCUGCUGGAUUCCAGAUGAACUGCAACAAUACCUGUCUGUUCCUUUGGAGGCGGUGGGGAGGCUUGGCGGAGAGUGUGGAGUACGGGUAAGACAGCGUCAAUAUCUUUGGUAG